AGCUCCUCUUCUUAUUACACAGCGCUGCUAAAACCUUCGCCGCAGCAAACCACCCAAAGUCGUAAAAAAAUCCCUCGCUAUGCCUGCUCUAACGCGUAACAAGAAGAAGGGAGCUAAGCUGCAGACUGAGACUCCUCCACUGAAUAGGCGGACGAAGUCGAAUACUGCGCCGGCGAAAUCUCAUAAGCCUCCGUUGAAGAAACAGAGGAAAGGUAUUUCGUAUGAGAAGCCUGAAGUAGUUUCUAAUGAUGAUGAGGAGGAGGAAGAAGAAGAAGAAGAAGAAGAAGAAGAAGUGAGUGAACAGUCUGAUGAAGAAUUGGGUUCUGACUUUUCCUCAGAGGAGGAGGAGGAUACAGAGCCAUUGGCCGACGACUUUCUGGGUGGUAGCGAUGAUGAAGAGGAGGAGGGAACUUUGGGUUCUUCUGAUUCUGACUCUGAUGGGUCUGAUCUCGAGAAGGAGAGUAAAGCUAUUGAUGAAGAACGUGAAAGGGAGGAACGAGAUGCAAAAGAUGAACUCCAGAUGAACAUUAAGGAGCAACCUGAUGAGUUUCGUCUACCAACCAAAAAGGAACUUGAAGAAGAGGCAAGUGGGCCACCAGAUCUUCCUGCCUUGCAAACGAGGAUUAAAGAGAUUGUUAGAAUCCUGUCGAAUUUUAAGGAUUUGAGGCCAGAAGGAGUCAAGAGGAAGGAGUUUGUUGAGCAGCUUAAGGCUGAUCUUGCUUCUUAUUACGGCUAUAAUGAGUUUCUCAUUGGAACUCUCGUUGAGAUGUUUCCUCCCGUUGAACUCAUGGAACUAAUCGAAGCUUUUGAAAAGAAAAGGCCUACGUCUAUACGAACCAACACUCUUAAGACUCGGAGACGGGAUCUGGCUGAUGUACUUUUGAACAGAGGAGUUAAUCUAGAUCCCUUAAGCAAGUGGUCAAAAGUUGGACUUGUCGUUUAUGAUUCACAAGUUCCAAUUGGUGCAACUCCUGAAUAUUUGGCUGGUUUCUAUAUGUUGCAAAGUGCUAGUUCCUUCUUGCCGGUGAUGGCUCUUGCUCCUCGAGAGAAUGAGCGGGUUGUGGACAUGGCUGCUGCCCCUGGUGGUAAAACAACUUAUGUUGCUUCCCUAAUGAAAAACACUGGCAUAAUAUAUGCAAACGAGAUGAAAGUACCUAGGCUUAAGUCACUUACUGCCAAUCUGCAUCGCAUGGGGGUGACAAAUACCGUAGUUUGUAACUAUGAUGGAAGAGAGCUACCCAAGGUUUUUGGUCAGAACUCGGUAGAUAGAGUAUUGUUGGAUGCUCCUUGCAGUGGAACUGGAGUUAUAUCAAAAGAUGAAUCAGUUAAAACUUCCAAAAGUGCUAAUGACAUAAGGAAAUUUGCCGAUUUGCAAAAGCAACUUAUACUUGCUGCGAUUGAUUUGGUGGACGCCGAAUCCAAAACCGGUGGAUAUAUUGUUUACUCAACAUGCUCCAUUAUGAUUCCUGAGAACGAAGCUGUCAUCGAUUAUGCCCUAAAAAAGAGGGAUGUCAAACUUGUUCCAUGUGGACUUGAUUUUGGGCAAGCAGGAUUUACCAGAUUUAGAGAACACCGGUUCCACCCUACUUUGGAGAAAACUAGACGUUUCUAUCCCCACGUACACAACAUGGACGGAUUCUUUGUGGCGAAGCUGAAGAAGAUGAGCAAUGAAACCAAGGCUUCAGAAGGUGAUGAGCCGGUUGAAACAAAAGAGCAAGCUCAGUUGUCUAGUGAUGACGAUGAGGAUGACGAACCGAAGCAAGACACUAAAGUAGACGAGAACAAACGAAGAACUCCAAUCUCAAAGCCGAACAACAAAGGCGACAAGAACAAAAAUACUAACGUGGAAGGACCCAGGAAGCAAAAGAAGAAGAGAUCACAAUGGAAGGCUGAAAUUGCUCAAGCUAGGGAAGAUAAAAGGAAAGUCAUGAGAAAGAAUACUAAGGAGCCUGGGAGAAAAUAGGUUCUUGAUGCAUAUUGGAGAAGAAUCAAUAGGUGUUCUGGUCGUGGCGAAGGAAACAAGAAAGGAAGCUUCGUUGGCUGAGGCUAAGUUAUUUAUUGCAGUUUACAAUUGGGUUUGUUUUUAAUCAACUGUGUUUGACAUCUUAAAACCAUGGGAAAGAAAUAGUGACACUCACUCUUGUGGACAAGUUGCAUGCAUGUCCAACAAAAGUUUUGUAUCAGUCUCAUAAGAUUGUUUUGUGUGGAUC